AUGUCCUUGAGGGUCAUUCUUGGGCCUCUUAAACCAGACAAUGACAAUGGCAAGGGACCGCCAGGGGCGAUCCAGGCGUUCUAUAUCAGUGAGCUAGUGUGGGAGAGGAAGCAGUGGGGGAGUCCUCUGGAGAGAGUGGAGGUAAAGCAACUUCUCGCUCCACAGACGGAUUCGCCAGAGGCGACUGUCCCUUCACCGUUCCCUGAUAAUACGUUUGUCGAUAUGAUCGUGGACGACGAGGAGCAGCUCGGUGAGCAUAUCGAGCAUGUGGAAUAUUCGUAUGACCAGAGGUCGACGGCGUUUUUGCCUCCCGGGUGGCCGAAUAGCGUUCAUCUCUGGACGACGUCGACUUUUAGCGACCUGAAGCCUGCGAUAGGAGACAUUUCUGCAUGA